AAUUGCAAAGAUCUGCCCUGUGUCGAGUAUGACAGCCACGACUCGUGGCUCUCCAGUAGGAGGGAAUGACAGCCAGGGCCAGGCUCCUGAUGGACAGUCUCAGCCCCCCCUCCAACAGAAUCAGACUUCAUCGCCUGAUUCUUCCAAUGAAAAUUCCCCGGCAACUCCCCCAGAUGAACAAGGUCAAGGUGAUGCCCCACCACAGCUUGAAGAUGAGGAACCUGCAUUUCCACAUACUGACCUGGCAAAGUUGGAUGACAUGAUCAAUAGGCCUCGAUGGGUGGUUCCAGUUUUGCCAAAAGGGGAAUUAGAAGUGCUUUUAGAAGCUGCUAUUGAUCUUAGUAAAAAAGGCCUUGAUGUUAAAAGUGAAGCAUGCCAGCGAUUUUUCCGAGAUGGGCUAACAAUAUCAUUCACUAAAAUCCUUACAGAUGAGGCAGUAAGUGGCUGGAAGUUCGAAAUUCAUAGGUGUAUUAUCAACAAUACUCAUCGCCUGGUGGAGCUAUGUGUGGCCAAGUUGUCCCAAGACUGGUUUCCACUUCUAGAACUUCUCUCCAUGGCCUUAAAUCCUCAUUGCAAAUUCCAUAUCUACAAUGGUACACGUCCGUGUGAAUCCGUUUCCUCAAGUGUUCAGUUGCCUGAAGAUGAACUCUUCGCUCGUUCUCCAGACCCUCGAUCACCAAAAGGUUGGCUGGUGGAUCUUCUCAACAAGUUCGGCACUUUAAAUGGGUUCCAGAUUUUGCAUGAUCGUUUUAUUAAUGGAUCAGCAUUAAAUGUUCAAAUAAUUGCAGCCCUUAUUAAACCAUUUGGGCAAUGCUAUGAGUUUCUCACUCUUCAUACAGUGAAAAAGUACUUUCUUCCAGUAAUAGAAAUGGUUCCACAGUUUUUAGAAAACUUAACUGAUGAAGAGCUGAAAAAAGAAGCAAAGAAUGAAGCCAAAAAUGAUGCUCUUUCAAUGAUUAUUAAAUCUUUGAAGAAUUUAGCUUCAAGGGUUCCCGGACAAGAAGAAACUGUAAAAAAUUUAGAAAUAUUUAGGUUAAAAAUGAUACUUAGAUUACUGCAAAUUUCAUCUUUCAAUGGAAAGAUGAAUGCACUGAAUGAGGUUAAUAAGGUGAUAUCUAGUGUGUCUUACUACACUCAUCGGCAUGGUAACCCUGAGGAGGAAGAGUGGCUUACAGCUGAACGAAUGGCAGAAUGGAUACAGCAGAACAAUAUCUUAUCCAUAGUAUUGCGAGAUAGUCUGCAUCAACCACAGUAUGUAGAAAAGCUGGAGAAGAUUCUUCGUUUUGUCAUCAAAGAAAAAGCUCUGACUUUACAAGAUCUUGAUAAUAUCUGGGCAGCACAGGCAGGGAAGCAUGAAGCCAUUGUGAAGAAUGUACAUGAUCUACUGGCAAAGUUAGCGUGGGAUUUUUCUCCUGAACAACUUGAUCAUCUUUUUGAUUGCUUUAAGGCCAGUUGGACAAAUGCAAGUAAAAAGCAGCGUGAAAAGCUACUUGAGCUGAUACGUCGCCUUGCAGAAGAUGAUAAAGAUGGUGUAAUGGCACACAAAGUGCUGAACCUACUGUGGAAUCUGGCCCACAGUGAUGAUGUACCUGUAGACAUCAUGGACCUGGCUCUCAGUGCCCACAUAAAAAUACUAGAUUAUAGUUGCUCACAGGACCGUGACACACAGAAGAUCCAGUGGAUAGAUCGUUUUAUAGAAGAACUUCGUACAAAUGACAAAUGGGUAAUUCCUGCACUGAAACAAAUUAGAGAAAUUUGUAGUUUGUUUGGUGAAGCCCCUCAAAAUUUGAGUCAAACUCAGCGAAGUCCUCAUGUAUUUUAUCGCCAUGAUUUAAUCAAUCAACUUCAGCACAAUCAUGCCCUAGUUACUUUGGUAGCAGAAAACCUUGCAACUUAUAUGGAAAGCAUGAGGCUAUAUGCUAGAGAUCAUGAAGACUAUGACCCCCAAACUGUGAGGCUGGGAAGUAGAUAUAGUCAUGUUCAAGAAGUCCAAGAACGGCUUAACUUCCUUAGAUUUUUAUUGAAGGAUGGCCAAUUGUGGCUAUGUGCUCCUCAGGCAAAACAGAUAUGGAAAUGCUUAGCAGAGAAUGCAGUUUACCUUUGUGAUCGUGAAGCCUGCUUUAAGUGGUAUUCCAAGUUGAUGGGGGAUGAACCAGACUUGGAUCCUGAUAUUAAUAAAGACUUCUUUGAGAGUAAUGUACUUCAGCUUGAUCCUUCCCUGUUAACUGAGAAUGGAAUGAAAUGUUUUGAGCGAUUCUUCAAAGCUGUGAAUUGUCGAGAAGGAAAACUAGUAGCAAAAAGGAGAGCAUAUAUGAUGGAUGAUUUGGAGUUAAUAGGAUUAGACUACCUUUGGAGGGUCGUGAUUCAAAGUAAUGACGAUAUUGCCAGCAGAGCUAUAGAUCUCCUUAAAGAGAUAUAUACAAACCUUGGUCCGAGGCUGCAGGUCAAUCAGGUGGUAAUCCAUGAAGACUUCAUUCAGUCUUGCUUUGAUCGUUUGAAAGCCUCUUAUGACACAUUGUGUGUUUUGGAUGGUGACAAAGAUAGUAUUAAUUGUGCAAGGCAGGAAGCUGUUCGAAUGGUUCGAGUAUUAACUGUGUUAAGAGAGUACAUAAAUGAAUGUGACAGUGAUUAUCACGAGGAAAGAACAAUUCUACCUAUGUCAAGAGCUUUCCGUGGUAAACACCUCUCUUUUAUAGUUCGAUUUCCAAACCAGGGCAGACAAGUUGAUGACUUGGACGUAUGGUCUCAUACAAAUGAUACGAUCGGUUCAGUAAGACGAUAUAUUCUCAAUCGUAUUAAAGCCAAUGUAGCUCAUACAAAAAUCGAGCUCUUUGUGGGCGGUGAACUGAUAGAUCCUGCAGACGACAGAAAGUUGAUUGGACAAUUAAACUUAAAAGAUAAAUCACUAAUUACAGCCAAACUUACACAAAUAAGUUCCAAUAUGCCUUCAAGCCCUGAUAGUUCUUCUGAUUCCUCAACUGGGUCUCCUGGAAACCAUGGUAAUCAUUACAGUGAUGGUCCCAAUCCAGAAGUGGAAAGCUGUUUGCCUGGGGUGAUAAUGUCACUGCAUCCCAGAUACAUCUCUUUCCUUUGGCAAGUUGCAGACUUAGGUAGCAGCCUAAAUAUGCCUCCUCUUAGAGAUGGAGCAAGAGUACUUAUGAAACUUAUGCCACCAGAUAGCACAACAAUAGAAAAAUUAAGAGCUAUUUGUUUAGACCACGCCAAACUUGGAGAAAGCAGCCUUAGUCCAUCUCUUGACUCGCUUUUCUUUGGUCCUUCAGCCUCACAAGUGCUAUACCUAACAGAGGUAGUCUAUGCCUUGUUAAUGCCUGCUGGUGCACCUCUGGCUGAUGAUUCCUCUGAUUUUCAAUUUCACUUCUUGAAAAGUGGUGGCCUACCCCUUGUCCUGAGCAUGCUAACCAGAAAUAACUUCCUACCAAAUGCAGAUAUGGAAACUCGAAGGGGUGCUUACCUCAAUGCUCUUAAAAUAGCCAAACUGUUGCUAACUGCCAUUGGCUAUGGCCAUGUUCGAGCUGUAGCAGAAGCUUGUCAGCCAGGUGUAGAAGGCGUGAAUCCCAUGACAUCGGUCAACCAAGUUACUCAUGAUCAAGCCGUGGUGCUACAAAGUGCCCUUCAGAGCAUUCCUAAUCCAUCAUCAGAAUGCAUGCUUAGAAAUGUGUCCAUUCGUCUUGCUCAGCAAAUAUCUGAUGAGGCUUCAAGAUACAUGCCUGAUAUCUGUGUAAUUAGAGCUAUUCAAAAAAUCAUCUGGGCAUCAGGAUGUGGGGCAUUACAGCUAGUAUUUAGCCCAAAUGAAGAAAUCACUAAAAUUUAUGAGAAGACCAAUGCAGGCAGUGAGCCAGACCUGGAGGAUGAACAGGUUUGCUGUGAAGCAUUGGAAGUGAUGACGUUAUGUUUUGCCUUGAUUCCGACAGCCUUGGAUGCUCUUAGUAAAGAAAAGGCUUGGCAGACAUUCAUUAUUGACUUACUGUUGCACUGUCACAGCAAAACUGUUCGCCAGGUGGCACAGGAGCAGUUCUUUUUAAUGUGCACCAGAUGUUGCAUGGGACACAGGCCUCUACUUUUCUUCAUUACUCUGCUCUUUACCGUGUUGGGGAGCACAGCCAGAGAGAGAGCUAAGCAUUCAGGCGACUACUUCACCCUCUUAAGACACCUUCUUAAUUACGCUUACAAUAGUAAUAUUAACAUACCCAAUGCUGAAGUUCUUCUCAAUAAUGAAAUUGAUUGGCUUAAAAGAAUUAGGGAUGAUGUUAAAAGAACAGGUGAAACAGGUGUGGAAGAGACGAUCUUAGAAGGCCACCUUGGGGUAACAAAAGAGUUACUGGCCUUUCAAACCCCUGAGAAAAAGUAUCAUAUUGGUUGUGAAAAAGGAGGUGCUAAUCUCAUUAAAGAAUUAAUUGAUGAUUUCAUCUUCCCUGCAUCCAAUGUCUACCUGCAAUAUAUGAGAAACGGAGAGCUGCCUGCUGAACAGGCAAUUCCAGUCUGUAGCUCCCCAGCUACCAUUAACGCUGGUUUUGAGUUACUUGUAGCAUUAGCUGUUGGCUGUGUGAGGAAUCUCAAACAGAUAGUAGAUUCUUUGACUGAAAUGUAUUAUAUUGGCACAGCAAUAACUACUUGUGAAGCACUUACAGAGUGGGAAUAUCUGCCACCUGUUGGACCCCGCCCACCUAAAGGAUUUGUGGGGCUGAAAAAUGCUGGUGCUACUUGUUACAUGAAUUCUGUGAUUCAGCAACUCUACAUGAUUCCCUCCAUCAGGAACGGUAUUCUUGCAAUUGAAGGCACAGGUAGUGAUGUAGAUGAUGAUAUGUCUGGGGAUGAGAAGCAGGACAAUGAGAGCAAUGUUGAUCCCAGAGAUGAUGUAUUUGGAUAUCCUCAACAAUUUGAAGAUAAACCAGCAUUAAGUAAAACAGAAGAUAGGAAAGAGUAUAAUAUUGGUGUUCUAAGGCACCUUCAAGUCAUCUUUGGUCAUUUAGCUGCUUCUCGACUACAAUACUAUGUGCCCAGAGGAUUUUGGAAACAGUUCAGGCUUUGGGGUGAGCCUGUUAAUCUGCGUGAACAGCAUGAUGCUUUAGAGUUUUUUAAUUCAUUGGUGGAUAGUUUAGAUGAAGCUCUGAAAGCCUUGGGACAUCCAGCUAUGCUAAGUAAAGUCUUAGGAGGUUCCUUUGCUGAUCAGAAGAUUUGCCAAGGCUGCCCACAUAGAUACGAGUGUGAAGAAUCUUUUACGACUUUGAAUGUAGACAUUAGAAAUCACCAAAAUCUUCUUGAUUCUUUGGAACAGUAUGUCAAAGGAGAUUUAUUAGAAGGUGCAAAUGCGUAUCAUUGUGAAAAAUGCAAUAAAAAGGUUGAUACCGUAAAGCGCUUGCUAAUUAAAAAAUUACCUCCCGUUCUUGCUAUCCAACUGAAACGAUUCGACUAUGACUGGGAAAGAGAAUGUGCAAUCAAAUUCAAUGAUUAUUUUGAAUUUCCUCGAGAGCUGGACAUGGAACCUUACACAGUCGCAGGUGUUGCAAAGCUGGAAGGAGAUAAUGUAAACCCAGAAAGUCAGUUGAUACAGCAGAAUGAGCAGUCUGAAAGUGAGACGGCAGGAAGCACGAAAUACAGACUUGUGGGUGUGCUGGUACACAGUGGCCAAGCAAGUGGGGGACAUUAUUAUUCUUACAUCAUUCAGAGGAAUGGUGGAGAUGGUGAGAGAAAUCGCUGGUAUAAAUUUGAUGAUGGAGAUGUAACAGAGUGUAAAAUGGAUGACGAUGAAGAAAUGAAAAACCAGUGUUUUGGUGGAGAGUACAUGGGAGAGGUAUUUGAUCACAUGAUGAAGCGCAUGUCAUACAGGCGCCAGAAAAGGUGGUGGAAUGCUUACAUACUUUUUUACGAACGACUGGAUACCAUAGACCAGGGUGAUGAGUUGAUAAGAUACAUAUCUGAGCUUGCUAUCACCACAAGACCCCAUCAAAUUAUUAUGCCAUCAGCCAUUGAGAGAAGUGUACGGAAGCAGAAUGUGCAAUUCAUGCAUAACCGAAUGCAGUACAGUCUGGAGUAUUUCCAGUUCAUGAAAAAGCUGCUUACGUGUAAUGGUGUUUACUUAAAUCCUCCGCCAGGGCAAGAUCACCUGUUGCCUGAAGCAGAAGAAAUCACUAUGAUUAGUAUUCAGCUUGCUGCUAGGUUCCUUUUUACCACAGGAUUUCACACCAAGAAAAUCGUCCGUGGCUCUGCCAGUGAUUGGUAUGAUGCAUUGUGUAUUCUCCUUCGUCACAGCAAGAAUGUCCGUUUUUGGUUUGCUCACAAUGUCCUUUUUAAUGUUUCAAAUCGCUUUUCUGAAUACCUUCUGGAGUGCCCCAGUGCAGAAGUAAGGGGUGCAUUUGCAAAACUUAUAGUUUUUAUUGCACAUUUUUCCUUGCAAGAUGGGCCAUGUCCUUCACCUUUUGCAUCUCCCGGACCUUCUAGUCAGGCUUAUGACAACUUAAGCCUAAGCGAUCACCUACUACGGGCAGUUCUCAAUCUCUUGAGAAGGGAAGUUUCAGAGCAUGGGCGUCAUUUGCAGCAGUAUUUCAAUCUGUUUGUAAUGUAUGCCAAUUUAGGUGUGGCAGAGAAGACACAACUUCUGAAAUUGAAUGUACCUGCUACCUUUAUGCUGGUGUCCUUAGAUGAAGGUCCAGGUCCUCCAAUCAAAUACCAGUAUGCUGAAUUAGGCAAAUUGUACUCAGUUGUGUCACAGCUGAUCCGCUGUUGCAAUGUCUCUUCAAGAAUGCAGUCUUCAAUCAAUGGUAAUCCUCCUCUUCCCAAUCCUUUUGGUGAUCCUAAUUUAUCACAACCUAUAAUGCCAAUUCAGCAGAAUGUGGCAGACAUUUUAUUUGUGAGAACAAGUUAUGUGAAGAAAAUCAUUGAGGACUGCAGUAACUCAGAGGAAACUGUCAAAUUGCUUCGUUUUUGCUGCUGGGAGAAUCCUCAGUUCUCAUCUACUGUCCUCAGUGAACUUCUCUGGCAGGUUGCAUAUUCCUACACUUACGAACUCCGACCCUAUUUGGAUCUGCUUUUGCAGAUCUUACUGAUUGAGGACUCCUGGCAGACUCACAGAAUUCAUAACGCACUUAAAGGAAUCCCAGAUGACCGAGAUGGGCUGUUUGACACAAUCCAGCGCUCUAAGAAUCACUAUCAAAAAAGAGCAUACCAGUGUAUAAAAUGUAUGGUAGCUCUUUUUAGCAAUUGUCCUGUUGCUUACCAGAUUCUGCAGGGCAACGGAGAUCUUAAAAGAAAGUGGACCUGGGCAGUGGAAUGGCUUGGAGAUGAACUUGAAAGACGACCAUACACCGGCAACCCUCAGUACACUUACAACAACUGGUCUCCUCCAGUGCAGAGCAAUGAAACAUCAAAUGGUUAUUUCUUGGAGAGAUCACAUAGUGCUAGGAUGACACUUGCAAAAGCUUGUGAACUCUGUCCAGAGGAGGUAAAAAAAAAAAAAAGGAAAACAAUUUGUUACUUUAUAGGCCAGUGUUUAUGUAUUAAUGAUAAUGAGCCAGAUGACCAAGAUGCCCCAGAUGAGCAUGAGUCACCUCCACCUGAAGAUGCCCCAUUAUACCCCCAUUCACCUGGAUCUCAGUAUCAACAGAAUAACCAUGUGCAUGGACAGCCAUAUACAGGCCCAGCAGCACAUCACAUGAACAACCCUCAGAGAACUGGCCAACGAGCACAAGAAAAUUAUGAAGGCAGUGAAGAAGUAUCCCCACCUCAGACGAAGGAUCAGUGAAAUGCACAUAACUAACUGGUUCCAUCAAGACUGUGCACCCAGGCCUUACAGUCCAACCUUUUUCUGUGUCUGGCUAAUAAUUUAAAACUAUUCCUAAUCAUAACAUGGAGUGGAGAGUUUAUUCACUGUCUUAUCUGCAGAAAUUUGCUGUCAAUAUAUAACCCGCCUGCAGUGGAAAGUGUAUAGUGUUUUGUAAUAAAUGGCCUGAUGCUAAUGUGUAAAUGGCAAAGGUGUAUAUAGUAUAUUAAUGUUUGACUGUUAAUUCUUAAGCAAGAAACUUUUCUUGAGGAGACUCACAGAUCUACAAAAACUACAAGUUAAUUUUCUUGUUCUACCCACUGCACUCUGCAACCAGUGUUGCCUGCCUCAUGGCAGUUGGAUCUACUCCUUUACAAAAACAAAAAAAUAAACCAACAGCAACAAAACAGAGCCCAUCCAUGUCAACCACACCAAUAGUUUCAUGUUAAUUCUUUGCCACUGGAGUCAGUUUUACUAUGAGCAAUGAUGUAAGGCUGGUAACCUUUAAAUUAUUUGGUUGAUGUGGACAAUUGGUGAUGUAACAUUGUUUCUAGAUCUUUUUCAUUGCCUUUUUAAUUCUGAUAUUAGGUUAAUCACUUUGAAGCUAUAGUUAUGCUGUAACAUUUAGCAUGGCUUCACACCAGGUUAGUGUAGCCAAUGAGGAAAAAAAUUACCAUAAUGACAGCAGUUGUCCCAGUGUGACAGCUGAUUUGCUCAGAGCUUUUCCUUCUUACACCUAGAAUAUAAAUAUAAAACAAGGGGAGAAAUGUGAUAUGAUAAACAGGCGGUUUUCAGUUACACACAUGUUGCUUAUGUCUGAUGUUUGACAGUUCGAUCUCUGGGUGGGAUAAAGAAAUUUCAGUAAUGGGAAUUUUUAAAGAUUUAAAACAAAUAUGCAAAAAUUUGCUAUGCCAGGAUGCUUGGAGCAUAAUAGAAGACUGUAUUUGGUGUGCUUGUUUUGUUUCUUUGGUAGAGCUUAUUAGGUGAAUCUUCUAAAACUUUCCUUCUGCUGGACCCCAGUGAAGUGGAAGUCACCAGAAUCCCACAGUACUUGGAGCACCACUGCACCAAGAUGUCUAGCUGAGUUUCUGCUCAAGGCACAGUUUUACUUGAAAGCAAGAAUUGUCCUAGCUCCUUUUCCAUUAUUCCAAAACUUUGAAUGUUCGAAGCAGGGUCUUGAUUAAAAAGGAAACUACUGGUUAGUCAAUCUAAUUGAGGUAUCAUAAUUUCAGCAUAAAGAUUUAAUUAAAGAUAAGGAACUCAUCAGUUAAUACUGUAUUUAAAAGAGAAUUGGUAACUUGAAUGUGUGUAAUUUUUGGAACCUGUCUAAAAACCAAAUACCCCUGCAGAUACAGUCCACCCUAUUCUAUUUAAAUAUUUUGCUGUUUUAUUUUAUAGAAAUUAUUUUGCUGAAUUCACAAAUAGAAUUUGAUUUACGAAGAACUUUUUGUCCUGUGGUGUGUUUUUGGUUUUGUUUUUGGGUUGGUUUUUUGUUUUUUGGUUGUUUUUUUUCCUUUUUUUUUCCUUUUUUUGUCUUUUUUUUUUGAGGACUGCAUAAUAAAAUUCUGUGCAUAGCAUGCUUAGGCAUGACACUGAAUUCAGGAGUUCAGUCACAUCGAGUUUUUGUGCACAGAAAGAUUUGACCUUUGGCCCUUGACUAAAGAUUUAGAGAAAACAGGAUGUUGACACUGUAAAAGUUUCCUAACAUAAUCAAUCUUGUACUUUUUGUAUGUUUUUUAUACAUGUAUAUUUAAUGAGCACAAGCUUGGUUGUAUUUUUUACAAUUUAGUUAAUAGGAAAAUGUUUUGUCAAAAAGGCUAUAGUUGGAACUGAACAAAGCAGAAACAAAAUUGAGAAUUGCUUUAUUUUGUGAUUAAAAGGGGCAGGUAUUUAAGAUAAAGCUUUGGGUAUCUUAUUUGCAGUACUCUAUAGUCCAUCUGUGCUUCUAGGUUUUCUGUAAUAUUAGGAAAUUUUGACACCAGACAGAUCCUGUUUUUACCUUAAGUAUAUUACAUCUGAGUUUAAGUUUGAGCAAAAGUCCUACACUUUGCAGUUCCAGUUGGUAGUUUGAGUUCCUCAAUUCCAGGCCUCUUUAGCAAUGAGCAAAAUAGGUUAACUUUAUUUGGACAAUUUGCUAUCCUUAAAUACACCUUCUCACCAGAUGAGGAGAGGUGGUUUUUGUAUUUCCCGCUCCUUAACAAAGUAUGUGAUGUACGUAAUUUAAAAACUUUAAUGACUUCCUAGACACGAAAAACUUGACAUUUGAAAAGGCUGUGAAUUUUUCUCCUUGGAGGGAGAUCCCAUCUUGGUUGCUUUGAAUUGACAAUUCCCCUUGUGCCAGGUGAGGGCUUGUGAAUCCUUUUCCCUCCAUUUGUGGAAGAGCCGUCUGUGUUGUGCCCAGGAUCGAGGGAAAGUGAACAGGGAGAUUUAUUUUUGUUUGUGUGAAUUGUUUUCUCUAACUUCUUAAGCAUUAACAUAUAAGCGGAAAUUUUAAGGCGCAUGUUAUUGUAAGAGCAACAUGGUGGUGUUGAGGUUUUUUUCUGAACAUCAGUGGCACAUUUUAAACUUCCAAGUCUUCAAAGUGCCUAUCUUUAAUUCUCCCUCAACUGAUUUCUUGAGCCAUAUAUAUAAUUCCUACUUUAAAUGUUUGUUUCAGAAUCACUAGUCUUCCUUUCAAAGAAGUAUCCCCCAGGAUUCUAAAUGGCAUGAUAACUUCAUAGAAGACCAUAGAAUCUGUUAACAUAAAUACUAAAGCUAUUUUUCAUUGUUAAUCUGUGAACAAGGGCUUUGCCCUGUUGGAUCGAAGUAUUUCCGUGCACAACUUGGUAAAAACCAUAUCGCUGCUGUCUCUAAGCCCUCCACCAACCAAAUUUUCAUGUUCAGCAUUGUAGAGGCAGAAAUAACAUAAUUUCCCAAC